UUACUCUUCAUUGAUUUGAAAUCAAAACAAAAAUUUUGCUUCAUUUUUUAUAUUGAAUUAAUUGAAUCUUUAUAUUAAUUAAAUUUACUUUUAUUCUCACUUUGAUUUGUGCAUUUCAUGUAUAAUGUUGAAUUUUUCCUUAGCCCGGUUCACUCUAUUUCGAAGGUUGACUCCAUGUUUACCUGGUCAUCAUAAUUUGUCCAUCACUUUGGUUCAACGUGCAAGUGACUCUAUCGAUUCAAGUCAGGAAUCCAAAUUAAUCUCUUCAUCAGCAAAAAUUAAUCCAUCGACUGAACCAUUAACAUCAAUAAAAAAGGAUAAUGGCGAUUGUUGGAAAACAAAUUUACCCUGUUUGAACGAAUUUUUUGAUAAAGAAGAAAAUUGGGGAGAAAAUGUGGUGAGAGUAGGUCGUUCUUGGCGUCAAGAAGAAUUGAGGAUUAAAUCUAAUAGCGAUCUACAUAAAUUAUGGUUCGUCUUAUAUAAAGAAAAAAAUAGGUUGCUGACUAUGCAAGAAGCAUGUAAAGCGGAAGGACAUGUAUUUCCUUCCGAAGAGAGGAUAGAAAAGGUUGAAGAAUCGAUGGAAAAUUUGGAGAAAAUUGUCAGAGAGCGAAACAAAGCUUACUUCCAAUUAGAAGUAGGUGAAAAUGCCACAAGCGAAAGAUCAAUGGCAUUCAGAUUAGAUCAAUUUGGCCGAUGGCGAUGGCAACCAAUUUACGAACAUUAUAAACCAUUUAGAGCGAGUCCAAAUUGGAGAAAAGUAUUUGGCCCUUGGUCAAGUGCAGAUACUUUGAAUUUUGCACGUGCUUAUAGAGAGAGAAGACGAAACGCCCUGAUUGCACAUUUAAAAAUUAAACACAGUUUAGUUCAGCAAUAUUUGAGGCGAUUUCCGAACUUGGAUAUAAAUUAUCUACAGAAAAAAUUUCCAGAAGUUCCAGUUCAAUACAUCAAAGAUAAUCUCAACUUUGAUCCUGAGUAUUGUCGACUGGUCAGCAAAGGAGCCUACGAGGAACUUCAUUAAUACGUUGGUCUGUCUUUUUUAUCAUAUUCAGUUGAGUUUCGAGACAAUUUAAUAAUCGCCAUUGCCACAUUGAGAUCCAAUUGACCAGCCUUAGGAUCAAUAAUUGGUUCAACCAAAUCAACUGUUAAAUCAUCAUUAGAAUCA